CGUAGGUGGUAAAGGAAGCGGAAAUCCGUAUUUGCGAGCAAUUUGAAAUCGGCCCGGUGAGUCCCCGACGCGGGCACGGUCUUUGCGUGCGAAAUCGUUAAAAGCAGAUUAACGUAAAGUGCGCCCCGCUCGUCGGUUCUUGUGUGUUCUUCAUUUGAUGUCUAUCGCUGAAAUCUCCAGUGAAUUGAAGUAAUUCAGGUUUUGUUCUUUAAUUGGCCUAGCCUUACAUACUUUAGGAUAAAACCUAACCCUAUGACGGGUUAAAAGGGAUCUUGUUUAGAAAUUUGUAGCAAUUAUGACGACUUUGAAUUGCUAUAUGAUUAAGUUUUGAUUGCGAUAUUUUUUUUCUAACACAGACUUUAAAAGCUGUCUAAUGUAGCAGGUUUAAAUUCGACGCGCUUUUCAAAAGCCUUUCUUUUGUAGCGUGCCGAUAAGCGUAAAUUAGUGUUCAUCAGGAAUCUGAGGCAUUCAAAGCGGUCUUUUUUAUUGAGUCUGAUGCGCCCACAUUUACUAUUAUAAGCUGUGUACAUCCGUACCUCACCAACUCGCAGCUCUGAGCACGAAAUACCAACCGUCAAAGGGCUUCCAAGAGCGACACCCGACCACCGUCGGAAGUAAAAUGUGGCGGGAAAUAAGGAUUGACGACAUGCGCGCGCGGUGGAAAUUCAAUGCUAUAACGGGGCGGCAUGUUGACUUACAGAAGAGGGGCAAUUAUGCAGCGCAAUAUGCAGUCGUCUGGUUUAUUUGGAGGGCGAGACAGACUCGUCACGACCCACAUAAAAAGCGGGAUAAAACAGAGAUUGCUGCGGAAGGGUAAAUGCUCCAGUUAGUGUAUUCCACCAUUGCACAGUGCGCGUGAAAACAAGGGAACUAACUAGACUGCAGACCUAGAAGCAAUCUUCACACAUUCCGCAUAUACAUAUCAACAAUAUGGAACGACUUUGUAUUUUUAUAAUAUCUUUUGUGCUGGUAAUCUGCAAUCUUUUUUCAACUGUUUCCUCCGUCUCUUUGCACAUUCAGAAGAUCUAUCAGCCCAAUCAAGAUACGCCAAGAACAUCGGUAUCAUUCGUCUCCAUAGACGCUGAAGGGGCAUCCACAAAUAAUCAAACAGUAUUCUUACAAAGUAGAACGGGGUUUUUUCUACAGAUCCCUAGAAGGGGAAAAAUCACAGGAACCCUAAAUCGUAGUAGUAAAUUUGUUGAUGUACAUAUGCAGUCUUUAGGGCCAAGCGUUGUGCGCUUCUUAGGUGUCUACUCAAAAUCAUAUCUGGCUAUGAAUAGCGAAGGAGUCCUGUACACUACAAGGCGACCCACCGAUGAAUGUUUAUUCAAGGAAAAGCUGGAGUACAACAGUUUUCACACGUUUUGCUCUUACAAAUACAGUGGACUUAACUCGGCCAACGGAUCCAGAGAGUGGUACCUAGCCAUCAAGCGAAACGGUAAAAUAAAACACGGAGUGAACACGAGUAAGCGACAGAGAGCUGUACAAUUUGUGGUGCUUCCAGUACGAUUGUCAUCCUCAUUAGGGCUGAGCUAAGACGAUUUGAGCAAAUGGAAUUACGAACAGGGAAGCAGGACCGGUAAUUGUCGGUAUAAAGUCCUCAUCACAGCGACUGAUGCGGCGUAAGACUGUGUACUUGAGACGAGAAAAGAGCCCUUAGCCACGUAUCCAGUUCAGGCCCGUACCAAGGGGGGGGGGGGGGGGGGGGGGUACAGCCGCAACAACGCCCCCACAACGGCUGAAGGUCCUCUUUUGAUUCCCAAUGGACGUGCUAUUUGUAGACAAAACUAUAAAACAUAAGUUCACUCUGGUAUGUAGCCAAAUCCGACAAUAAACCAUCCCGUGGAGAUUCUGCAAAGG